AUGACACAACAAAUAACUGUUGGAGACAUAACUGUUUCCGCUGAUAUGGAUCAAUCGAUCGGUAAUAUUGUGUUGAAUUGGACUCGACGUUCUCAUCCUCUUUCAAAUCCACAAUAUCAUACACUUCAAGGUCAAUAUUGUCGACUUGAAUUACUCAAUUCAAAAACAAAUGAUACUAUCAUUCAACAACUUUAUGAUGUAUUUAAACCAACCGAAGACGUUCAUUUUAAAUAUUUAAAAUACGGGCCAUUUAAAACAGUCGAUGAAUUUAAACAAUUUGUAUACAUAAAAGAAAAACCCAGUAGUGAUUACGUAUUAUACACUAUAUUCGUCAAUGAUAUAGCAGUAGGAUUUAUUAGUUAUCUGAGAAUAAAUCAAGAUCAAGGUACAAUUGAAAUUGGAAGUAUAAAUUUCAGUCAAUAUUUAGUAAGAACUCGACAAGCUACUGAAGCAAUUUUUUUAUUAUUACAAUUUGCAUUUGAUACACUUGGUUAUAGAAGAGUAGAAUGGAAAUGUGAUGCUUUAAAUACAAAGUCACGAUAUGCAGCAAUUCGAUUAGGUUUUCAAUAUGAAGGUGCAUGGUUGAAAGCAGAAGUUUGUAAAGGUCGAUCAAGAGAUAAUUCAUGGUAUAGUAUUAUCGAUGAUGAAUGGCCACAUAUAAAAGAAGAAUUACAAAGAUGGUUAAAUCCAGAGAAUUUCGAUAUGAAUGGACAACAAUUGACUAAAUUGAAUGCAUCUCAAGUUAAUCCACGUCAUACUAAUAUUAUAGAUGCUAAUUAG